GACCUCUCCAAGGUCAAGCGGUAGGCGGGUUACAAUUAAUGUUGAUCUCAGAGUGUGAAAAGUUCCUAACGAGGUUACGGGCUCUCCCACCAACUGCUACUCAAGAGCUAUCGGUGUUAGGAGUAAUUAAUGAGGUAUUAAAAAGACAUUAAUAGUCGGGGAAUUUAGAGUUUUGAUGAGUGUUACUCUAACAAUAAAGGAUAAAUACCAUGACUCACAAAAGUUAUUUUAGCUUUUUAUAUCAUGUGUGUUCAAAGUACAGUGUACGAAAUAUAUCGCUUCUGCUCAGUCAUUAUAUAGCAAGCUACAAGCAUUAAUUAUUGUAGCUUGUGUUAAUGAACGUCCUACUCUCAUAAUUGCUAAAGACUGAACUCGUGACUUUUAUAUCUUAUCAGCACACUUAAUUUUCAAUGACAGCCAGUCCUAUUGAGAACAACAACAGUCUACCACUCCUAAUUCGUGAAUCAGUUUUCUAAAUUUUACACUGCUUAGAAUAUCCGUAACAUGUGAUGGCAUAAUUUUAGUUUCAGUUUCAAUUUGGAAAGGACGGGAGGCUUGAUGGCCUGUGUUAGUCCUGGCAAUUGUGAUCUCUCAGUUGAUCCAGCUUUCUUUCGAAAGAGUCGACGGAUGGAGCCUCAACCACGUGCUGAGGUAAUGAAUUCCACUCGAUGAUUCGAUGGGAAAGUCGAUAGUCAGCUGACAAGUAAUUUGUUCUGGGCUUGUGAACUUUUUUGGAGUGUCCUCGUAACUUCUCUGUUUUGGAAGAUAAGAAAAAUAAGGGCAUUUCAGGUGCAAAUUUAUCACUAAGCAAUUUGAAAACUAAUAAAGUCGCCUCUAGUUCUACGAUAUGACAAGUGCGAUAUGAUAGUGCUUUAUGCACACAAGUAGUCUGUUUUUUUGUUGGUAGAGAGUACUUGACUAAUAUAUCCCAGUUGCUUACACAAUAGAAGUUAGUAUUUCACAGGAGUAUCCGUAUAGAAAUCCUUUUUGAUCAACGUCAACAUGCAAGGGAUAUUAAGCGAAGUGCCAGUUUUAUGAAAGCUUUCUACUCAGGCAUUCGCGUGUCCAUCUGCCCACGUACGCUCUGGGUGUCUUGACCUUCUAGCUGGAUGGAACAGUCCACAAAUUUGUCUUAGUGCAGGUUCAGCUGGUGAAGUUGUGCUGUGGCAUACUGCUGAUGGUGAUCCCAGAGUACGUGAUCGUUCUUUCCAUUGUCUCUUAACGUGGCUAUGUUCACUCAACGCCGUCCUGAAAUCUAGUGAGUUUAGUCGUCCAGGGAAAGCAAAGUAUUUCAACAACCAUAAAGAGUCUGCAAAAAAGGAGUUGACUGGGUGGUUUGAAGCGAAUCUGGAGUCUGUUUAUUCAGCUGCUUGUCAAGGGCUACUAGAUAAUGAAGAGUUGGUCCGUCGAACUAGUUUACAUGUUCUUGGGAAGUUGAGUACUAUUUGGCCGCAUCGUAGUUUGACAGAUGUUCCUGUCUUCAGUUUGAAUUCGUUAGUAUCAUCAAAAAUAUUUCUGGACUCUGAUUUGGAAGAAACUCAAUUAGUUGAUGAUGCUUUUAUUCGUGUGUGUUGUCGACUUCAAGAUCCUAGUCGAAGUGUUAGACAGUUGGCUGCUCACAUAAUGGCUGAUCUGGCUAAAUUUGUUACAGAAAAUUGUUUAUUACAAACAUUGGAGAAAACAGUCAUGUCCGACCGGCAAGUACGUCGAUCUAUGAUGGAAGGUGAUAAUAAGUCGAAGGACAGAAAGAACAAAAGUAACAACAACAACAGUCUACGCUCCACAGUGGACAACCGUUUACAAACUAAAAAUCUUACUUCAGAUUCUAUUAAUUUAAUAUCGACUGGCUGUAAUGGAGCUAUCAUUAGCGGACUGGAAGAUGAUUAUUUUGAAAUACGAUGUACUACGUUAGCUACAGUUACGCAUAUUGCAUCCCUCAAUACUCGAUUCGCAUUAAAUUGUCAAGAUCUCUUAGUUGACAUGUUAACUGAUGAUAUACAAGAUGUACGAUUGGCAGCUGUUCGAGCUUUAAGUGUCGUUGGUGAUAAGGUGCCUGUAAAAAGUGAACAAGUAUCCAUUAUUACAUCAGCUCUUGCUGAAGGAUCUGGUCGUAUUCGACGAAGGCUGCAUCAUUUAUUAUCACAGUGUCGUUUAGCUUCGGCUCCUUGUCUAAUUAGUUUACUGGAUGGACUUUUACAAAAUUUAAGACGAUAUCCAGAAGAUAGAGAUAAUUUAUGGAGAUGUGCUGCUUCUGUGGGUAGAAACCAUCCAAUAUUUGUUGAAACUUGUUUAUCCAGUCUAUUACGAACACAUUCAUGGUUGAAUGGUCCGGAACCAGUGAAAGAAGAUCCAGCUUAUCUUACAGUAUUAUUGCUUGUUUUAAAUGCUGAACCUAGUAUACCUGGUAUGCUGGCUAAAUUCCCUAGACAUGUAGCAUCAACUAAGAUUUAUCUACAAGAAUUGUUACCUUCUUUAUUGCCAAAAACUGUUGUAAAUGACGAGUUUCAAAAUGUUUCUCCAUUGGAUGUACCGAAUAAGAAAUUAUGUUUAUCUACUGAUGGUACAUUGAAUGCAUCAACUAUUAUGGAACAUUGUAGUUUAUAUAAAUUUAUUGCUUCAACUAUAUGUCGUAUUUGUAAAUUGUUCAUCAUGAUUCAUAAUGAAUUAUCUAGUUAUUAUUUAUCAUUUAAACAAAAUAAUUUAGAAGAAAAAUGUAAUAAUCAACAUUUUAAAAUACCAUGUUAUAAAUAUCAAUCACGUCGUAAUGCUUUACUAUCUCAUCUUAUAUUUAAUGAUUUAAUAAAUUGUAUUAAGAAAUUAAAUCAUAAUGGUAAAUUAAAAAAUUUAUUAUAUUGGUUAAUAUUAAUUACAACAAUUGGUUGGUUAUUAGUAUCAGCUAAUUCAUUAUCAUCUUCAUCCACAUCCUCCUCCUCCUCCUCCUCAUCAUCAUCAUCAUCAUCAACAUCAUUGUCACCAUCCUUAACAACAACAACAACAACAACAACUUCAUUAUCUAUGGAUAAGAGUUUACAAUUGAAUUAUAAUUUUAAAGAGAAAUUAAUUCAUCCAAUUUAUGAACGUAUUAUGAAAUUAUUAAAUAAAGCAAUACGUAAUUCACUUAAGAUAAAUCAUUUAUUCUCUGGUAAAACAAAAUAUGAAUCUAUUUAUGUAUCUCGAUUAUGUUCGAAUACAUUUGAAUUGCUUCAAUCAUUCACAAAUGAUCAUCAUCAAAUCAAUAUCAAUUAUUUAUUGGAUUCAUUAAAUUCAAUUAUCAAUUUAUUAUCUAAUUCAUCAAUACAACAAAAUGAUGUUACUUCAUCAUUACCAAUUAUUGAUCUAUCUAAACCAUUGUCAAGUAACACUAGAAAACGUUCUUUUCCAAUGGAAUUCAAUCUAGAACAAUUCAAUGAUGAUUAUGUCAUAUUAAUUGAUUAUUUAAUAGAUUUAUCCAAUAGAUUAAUACCAGUCUAUGCGAUACUACUACAACCAUCUAGUAAUAGUAGUAGUUUAAUGAAUUUAGAAAAUAAUUAUAAUAUUGAUACAAGAUCAAUAAUUUCAUUGAAUCAAUAUCAACCAGAUAAUAAUAUUAUGAUCAUGAUGAAUAUGUUAAAUGAAAAUGAUCUAUUAAGUAUGAAUACUAAUCGAAUUGAUUUGCCAACAUCAUCAUUUAGUCAUGUUAGUGGAAAUGUUAGUAUACCAGAGAUUCGUUUCACUGCAAUUAUUGCAUCAGCUAUGAUAAGAAUUAGAGCGAUCAUUAUUGGUUUGAAUAUUGAGAUGGCACGCAAACAUAUAUGUAUCAUAUUUCGACGUCCUGAUUUAUCGGGAUCACAUAAUCAUCAAUUCACAAAAUCUAUUACACAUAAUACAAAUAUUCAAUCUAAAUUAUAUCAUUGGUGGCCACCAUCAAAUUCUUGGCAUCAAUUAGAUGAAGAUACUACUACUAAUAAUAAUACAUCUUCAACAUCAACAAUAAAUCAAGAUCAUUUAGAAAUUCGUACACAUAUUGAAUUAACCGCUGGACGUUGGUCAGAUUCUGGUACAAUUGAUUUAGGUAUUGGUUAUUGUUUACAACCAACAGAUUGUUCAUUUAUGAAUAAUAUCUACUAUCAUGAUAAUAAUGAUCUAUCUAAACAAAAUAAUACAACAAAUCAUUGUUUAUUAGAUUCAUCAUUUAUUAUACCACUUACACCAAUUCCAUUAUUAUCAAAAGUGAAACUUGUUCCAUGUGCACCUAUACAUCAAUGGUAAACCCUAUUUAUACCAGUUACACCAAUUCCAUUAUUAUCAAAAGUGAAACUUGUUCCAUGUGCACCUAUAGAUCAAUGGUAAACCCUAUUUAUUAUUAUCUUUUCCUUUAUUUGCAGUGUAUAUAUAUAAUGUGAAUGUUUUGAAUUCAGGUCAAUUUCAUGUUUCUUCGAAUCAUGUACAUAAAGCAAUUUCUUUUUUUUUUGUUUAAUUUUUGGCACGAAAAUGAAAAAAAAGAAAGAAUAUACAGUAUAGAUUCUUUCUAUAUCAUUGAUUUCUUCUAUUGGUACGUGUUCGUCUACAAAAGUGAUACCUGCUAAAGUUGUAUCUGAUAAGGACGUGAAGAAAGCCUCGAAGGUUAAGCUGCCGAUGGUUGAUAAGAAGAAGAAGAAGAGGACUACUUACUAUUACUUACGCCUGUUACUCCUAAUGGAGCAUAGGCCACCGACCAGCAUUCUCCAACCCACUCUGUCCCGGGCCUUCUUUUCUAGUCCUAUCCAAUUCCUGUUCUUUUUUCUCAUGUCUAUCUCCAUUUCUCGGCGUAAUGUGUUCUUUGGUCUCCCUCUUUUCCUUUGACCUUGAGGAUUCCAUAUGAGGGCUUGCCUUGUGACGCAGUUGGGUGCUUUCCUCAUUGUGUGUCCUAUCCACUUCUAGCGCUUCUUCCUGAUUUCUUCCUCCGCUGGGAUCUGGUUUGUUCUUUCCCACAGUAGGUUGUUGCUAAUAGUGUCCGGCCAACGGAUCCGAAGUAUUUUGCGUAGACAACUGUUAAUAAACACCUGUAUUUUCUGGAUGAUGGCUUUCGUAGUUCUCCAGGUUUCCGUCCCAUACAGUAGAACUGUCUUGACAUUUGUAUUGGAAAUCCUGACCUUGGUGUUGGUUGACAGACAGUUGUUUUGAGUUCCAGAUGUCCUUCAGUUGUAAAUAUGCUGCUCUUGCUUUACCGAUCCGCGCUUUCAUAUCUGCAUCAGAUCCACCAUGUUCAUCAAUGAUGCUGCCCAGAUAUGUACAGGUUUUUACAUCUUCCAAAUCUUCUCCGUCAAGUAUAAUUCGAUUGGUUCAUGCUGUGUUGUAUUGGAGAAUCUUGCUUUUCCAGUUGUGUAUAUUGAGACCCACUGCUGCUGAUGCUGCUGCUACACUGGUCGUCUUCUCCUGCAUGUGUUGUUGCGUUUGCGAUAGGAGGGCCAGAUCAUCUGCGAAGUCUAGAUCGUUCAACUGCAUCCUAGAUGUCCGCUGUAUCUCGUGUUUCCCUUCAGAUGUUGACGUCUUCAUGAUCCAUUCGAUCACCAGGAGCAAGAGAAAGGGUGGUAGUAAGCAACCUUGCCUAACACCGGUCUUUACUUCGAACGAGUCUAUCAAUUGUCCUCCAUGCACGAUUUUACAGUUUAAUCCAUCAUAAGAAUUCUGUAUGAUAUUGACUAUCUUCUGAGGCACGCCGUAAUGUCGAGGACGCUCCCAUAAUGUUGUCCUGUCCACGCUAUCAAAUGCUUUUUCGUGGUCAAUGAAGUUGAUGUAGAGUGAUGAAUUCCAUUCAAUUGAUUGUUCCACAAUGAUCCGUAGAAUUGUGACUUGGUCUGUACACGAUCUAUCCUUACAGAAUCCUGCCUGUUGGUCUCGAAGUUGAGCUCCUAAAGAGGAGGAGGAGGAAAGAGAGUUAUGUUAUCUACAUCUAUAAAAUUCCUCCAUUAAACAAACUAAAAACAUCAGAAGGGGGGGUAUUGUAGAUAUUAUAGUAGUUUUUUAAUAGUACAAAUUCAUAAGUCAGUUAAAGCUAGACUAUCGUGGAAAAUCUGAAUACACUAAAUGGUCGUUUCGUCCUAUUAUGGGACUCACCAACAUUGCGCAUCUAUGAUCCCACCUCGCGAAACCUGAUAGGUCUUGGGUUCGAAUCUCACGAGGUGGGAUCAUUGGUAGAUAAUCCAUGAAAUCAUGAGUCAAUUGAAGCUAGAUCACCAUGGAAAACCUGGAAGCACUGAAUGGAUGACCGUUUAUCCUAUUGUGGGAAUCCUCAGUUGAAAAUAGCUCAACAAAGAGAAUUCCCUUUUUGAUCAUGUGAUCUACUAAAACUGUAUAUUAAUACACAUAGUCCAAUAGAAGAGUGUUGUGUUGUUUAACAAAUUUGUCAAAAAUUUUUAAGGAUUAACUACUGUUAUAGCCCAAAGCCACCAAUCAGAAGCAGCAAAUUAUCGAUUGGAUUAAGGACGCGUAAAACACGUGCGAGCAGCCUAGAGUCCCGAUUGGUCCUGCUUCCCGCUUAACCCAGCCAGUUAAGUCCAGUACACCAGUCUCAGACUCUGUAAUACGAAUCAUUACAUUUCAAACAUACUGAGUUUAUAUACCAAUGAAACAGACCACAACGUACCAAUAAAAUAUGAACAACAUUUGUAUAAGAAUUAGCUAGAUGUGGCUGUGAAUGUUUGAGGCAGUGGCUAAUAGACAGGGAACAAUUCAAGAAUUGAAAAUCGUAUAAUAACAGUUCAUAGGUUAAAGUAAAGCUUAUGAUAAGAGAGAUAAUAUGAUCAUUGCCAGUCAAUGUCGAACUUGAUACAUAUGUACAUCGGCUCAAGUUGUUAUAUAUGGAACGAAGAUUGAUGAAGAUAACCAAUUUAUUAUUUAUUGUAAAAUUACAGAGUUCUUUCGUAAAUGUGACAAACUACAAAUUAAAUACUUUAUUCGCAAAUAUUUCAAACUUCAUCGCUAUCACAAUUACCCUCAGUUUACAUUCCUGUUCCCUUCAAUUCGAUCUUCUUAACCUUCUGCUGUUAAGUAUUCCACUUCCUAUUGGUGAUACAUACUAAUUACGUCGACAGACAUAAGCAGCAUACAUCACAGUCAUACUGUGAUGCUGUUCUGCUGACGUCGUUACAGGUCUGGGGCGCUCUGCUGCGAGGAGGUGACGUCGAGGGGUGUUCUGGUGGGGAGGCGUUGACUGUAGCGGGUACUGUCGACGGAGAGGAGCAGCGAGAUGUGCGGUUUCCGGCUGGACAUCGGAUGUAGAUGGCUCGGCAGGUUGCUAGAGUGCAUGCGUUGAAAGUCCCGGGCUCUGGGCGUACGUCGGAUUUUGAUGAUUCGACAGGUUGACCGAGCUAUGAAGGUCAGCGCGCUAUAGACUCAACAUUUUGACAGAGUGUGGCACAGAAUGCAGAAAAGAAAAGGGGGGAUGAGUGUGGUGUGCACUACUGAUGCUGACAUAUAUAACUAGUUUGUAUCACCAAUCGAAAGUGAAAUGUCUGGCAGCAAAAGAUCAAAGGAAAGAGAACGAAAACGGAGAAUAAUUGGUGUGGAAAUGAAAGAACAAUAAAGUCUGAGACGAUUGAUUGAUAUUUUGCAAAUGAAGUGUUUACUAUAUGGUUCUCAGAUUUUACUAAGAUAUUCUGUUCAAAUUCAUUGGUUGUCCCCACUGUGUUCUCGCUCACUACAAUACCACAUUAGCACAAGAUGAAAUUAUUUCAACACAAGUUUCUAGAGUAGUACAACUAACAACAGCAUCAGUAGAAGUAGAAAAUGUUGGGUAUAGAGAUGGAAAAAAUAUAUAAAGAGACUUCGGGACUUAUGUUAUAAUGAAAGAACAAGGAGCGAAUGCACCUACAUCACUGUGAAUGAUUCUGAGUCAUGUCACCAAAAGUCUCCAACCAAUGGUUGUUAUAAUCACACGAAAUCCAAUCAGGUUGUAUAUAUCUACUAACAUAGUUCAUCAUUCUAGUCGGUGAUGAUUUAUUGGCCUGGUACAAAUUCUUGAUUUAAUCGGUCCUAUUUUUUCGUACAACAUACCUAGGACCAUGUUAAAAUAAAGGAUUGAAUGACUUUUGUACACAGAUGAGGCUCGAAUUCUCGUGAACUAUUAUGACUUCGAUCUUAUAGAAAGUUCUGGUUCGAAACCGGCUUUCAGCCACCUAGACGUACAAUUAUCAGUUUACUUGAUCGUUGUAGAGCAAGUUUGAUUGACUGUAAAGAGCAUUAUUUAUUUAUUUGAACACAUAAAUAUUGGUACUAGAGAGCGCCAAUAUAUAUGCGCCACACAAAACGAUGAGAAUUCGAAGAGAAAAAAAAGGUAAGGAGCGUAAAAAAAAGAGAACAAUAACGAAGAGAUUGGUGUAAGGUAGUGUAGUAAUAAUGAGGGAACGGAAAGGUACAAUCAAAAGAAAUCUUUCAGUUAAGGGAGACACAACCACUUUUUAUGUAGAAAGUAAAAGAAGGUUACAGCAGGAUCGCCACUGGCUUCUAUUCUGAGCCAUAUCUAAUAACGUCUCUAGCCACUGUGUAGCACCAUCUCUCGGACCUCAACCAGGGAGUCGUGAAGGACCGACAGAAGCCAGUCCUUUGCAGCUUUCUGUCAUACCACGACACCAUGUCAUGCACUGACCACCUCUCCGCUUCUUCCAACCGGUCGCAGAGUCGGCAAAUAAUGCACGACGUGGAAUUCUUUGGGACGACAUUCGGAGAAUAUGUCCAAGCCACCGAAGUCGGUGUUUCGAGAUGGUGACAUCGAUUGCAUUAUCAUCUCUGUGCCCGAACACACGAUGCCGAACCUCUGCAUCACUAACAUGGUGUUGCCACUGGAUGUCAGCAAUCCUUCGGAGACAGCGAUCAUCGAACACAGAAAGUCGUCUAACGUCCUCAACUUGGAGAGGCGAGGUUUCCAAAUAUAUAUCGGAGCACUACUAGUUUACACAAACUUCUCGUCAUAUAAUUAAUGAUAGACAUAUUCUCACUUGUGAUCAUUUUGCAGAAUAAUUUCCAGUUUCAUGGUGAAAAGUUAUGACUCAUGAGUAAAAUCCAACAUUUAUCAGUUACAAGACAGAUGUAUCACCAAUCCUAGUGAAUCUGGUAACUGUGUAUAAUACCCUGAGGCGCAUAGAUUCUUUGACAUACGAUCUAGAAAACUUAUUCGUUUGCUUUCCUGUUCUUUCAGUAUACUUGCUUUUGCAUACAUAGAAGUGGAUUUAUCUACAUAUUGAAAGUAAUUUUGCUGCAAGAAAUUCUUUCAAGCUUUCAUCUGUCUUUGAUUUAUAUCUUUUACGAUUUGGUCAAUUCGGUUAAUAAGUACAUGUUUCUUCCCAGCUUUAUCAAAUUCAAUCUUUAGGUCUCGUCCACUGUUGGAUUUCUUUAUAUAUGUUCGACCAUAACUAAUUACCUUCAGGAAAGUUAUCUGUUGUCACAUGAAGAUUUGAAAUCCUCUAUCAGGCUGAACUUUUUAGCUUCAUGAUUGGUAAUGAAGUCGCCUAAUCACAUCAGACAAAUGUUUAUGAGCAAAGAUUUAUAUUGGCUAACAGUGAAAUCCAGGUUGAGCGUUUCGUCCUGUUUCGAACUUGUCACCUGGAUGUACUCAACACCCUAGAGUUGUUGUUCACUCAAGGACUCGGAUAUGGUACUGGUCGCUUCUAACUCACCUCCGUUAUUCACAAAAGCCAUGAAAGUUUACAUAAUAUAAUAAUGACAAUAGUGAUCCACUUCAAAAUCGUUCUCGCCAUAAACACAUCCUCUACAAGUUUCAUCGUUUCUAGUUCAAGGAAUGAUGCCUAAUCAUUCCGUAUUUUCAGGUUUCCAUGAAUAUCAUAGGAAAUGUUGUAAAUUCUUGCCAAAAAGUUGUAAAUUAACAACAGACAAGUAUCGUAGUGUAUUACCGAAAUUAAGUUGUUAAAAACCACCGCAAAACCUUUUAAAUAUUGUUUUUGACUACUUUAAUAAUAGUUAGUAGCUUGUCGUUUAUGAUCUGUUUUAACUUCUAAUAUACAUUGCCCAUUUUUAAGUUGAAACUGGUAAUCUAUGAAUGGGAUUGUCACUGAUCUAGUUAUUUCUUCCUAGUAAGUAUUUCCUCGGGAUUGCAUUCUGAAGCCGAUCCCCGAUUAAUACUACUCUAAAAUUACAUACACAUAAUUCCCUUUAUUAUCUUAAAGAGAGCAAGAACGAAUAAUAUGGAUUCAUUUUAUUUUGUUAGAUUCUCAUCAGCUGCUUACAACCUAUAAUAUUUUUACAAAUCAACGUUAUUACAGAUAUUGGCAUCCUUACACAUACAAGGGUGAGGAGAGAUGAAUAUAUGUGUAUCAUGAUGUAGCCAAGAUUUUAACAGGGUUGAAUAAGAUCAUAAAAAUUGUUCAUUUCUGAGAAAUAAAGUGUGGGAGGGGAAAGUUCCAAAACAUUGAAAUAGUGAUUAGAAUUCAUAGAGUUAACAAAUAUUAGAUGAUUAUGUAAUGAAGUAACUGAAAACAGAUUAAUGGUAAUAAAGAAAGAUAUUAAUUGAAGAAAAAUGACAAUGAUGUAAUUUAAACUUCAGAAAAUGUUGAAAUAAUUAAUGACGUAAGGGGGUUUAAUGUUACCAGGGCAAAGAAAGGUUUAUUACUGCCUGUUUUUGGGUACAUAGAUCUGUAUUUAGACGUUUGAUUGCUAUUGAUUCAGCAAAUUUUAAAAGGUUGGAGUCUGAUUGUUUGUUAAUCACCUUGAAAGACUUCAGUGUAUCGACUUCAUGUCCUGUGUCAAGGAGAUUUCUUGCGAUGGCACUGCUGAAUUCUUUUAAACCACUUGACUUUGAAAAGUUUUGAAUCGCACUUGAGCUCUCCUUUCUGCUCUACCAAUGUAACUGAUUUGGUAGGUACAUGUAAAUUUGUAUACACAGUUGGUGGUAACAUGAAAAGGAUACCUCGGAUAAUGCACCAUUUCACUAAACGGCUCUUUGAGCUUGGUUCUUUCGAAGUUAGAAAUUAAAAUGUCUGCUAGGACCGAACUCGACGGGCUUCUCGUUGCUACACUAUCGAUUUGUCGGUAUAUGACAUUGUUGAAUUGGAACUGAACAUCUUUUGUACACAUGAUUAACAGUCGUUUGAAUUCUGAUGCUGGUAGAUGUAGGAUGUCAGAAUGCUGGCAAAUUAUGUCUACGGUUUCAAAAAGUGGUGUUUUCGUAAACAACGAUGUCACAUCAAAGGAAACCAUAAACUUACCAUCAAUAUUUAUGUCGUUCAUACUGUCAUCAAAUACAAAUGGAUCCAUUAGUGUAUAGGUAGCUAAUCGUUGACGAAAUGGUUUUAACUUAUCUGCCAACCAUCGUGCAACUUUGUGGUAGGGUGAAUUUACCAUUGACAGAAUAGGUCUAUGAGGAAUACCUUGUUUAUGUAUUUUUGAUAAACCAUACAUGUGGGGCAAACGAGACCCACAAGGUCGUAGGUUAUUGUAAGUGGAAUUAUCGAUCAUCAUCUCCUUCAAGAGAUCCCUGAGUUCUUUUGUGAUUCUUUUCUCAGUCGAAUCAGUUAAGUACUUGUUACUUUUAUCUAACUCGAACCUUAUGUAUUCACUUAAAAAUGGACUUUAUCUGACCGUAAUAUCGUUAUACCAUCGUGUCACUAUAGGGGUUUGUGAGAAUUGUUUCACGUUAUCGAUAUCAGCAAUCUAUCUAAGUUAGAAAGCCAUUGAAAAGUAGGAUUCAUUCUACAGUUGUUUCAUCUCAGUAUACGAAUCGUCAGUGCACAUCUACAACCUGCCGUAGCAGAGUGAACCUAGAAACCCCAGAUUCUGUAUUAACCUCUACACCACUGAGUCCCCACGGACAAUAUAACUGAACUUUAUUUGUCAUAGUUUAAUCACUAGUGAACGCAUCAUCAUAGAUCAGUACAUAUUGUUAAAUGCCAUUGAUAUCAAGAACCAAUAUUGAUUUAUGUUUAUAAUGAUUUUAAAAGUUCCCAUUACAUUCAAUGAAUAAAUAUAAACAGCAUCAGUAAUAUCUACUCUUUGCAUUUACAUACUUACCCGUCAUGGAGGAGCAUAAGCUAUCCAUCAAGUUUCUCCAUCCAACUCUAUCCUAGUCCAUCCUUCCAAGUUGCUACUCAUUCUUUUGAUGCUUGUUUUUUCUAUUCUAGUCGUAGUAAAAUGUUAAAUUCACGUAUACAUUAAAGCUAGAUUUCUCAUUCUUAUAUUAUUAAUCUGUUGUUGUUUGUUCUUUUAACAGUUAAAAAUAUGAACGUGUUACUUUACUUGCUGAAAAUUCAGUUUAUUAUUAUUUAUCAUUAUUAGUACAAAGGGGCACCGAAUACAUAGGCGCCAUACAAGUUCCUUGAUUUGUGUGUAGGCUGUGAUACUUUUCGGGUGCUUAAAGCGAAACAGGUGGUGUUCUUAUGAGGCCAAACUCUGAGCCUUCGAUUUAAAGGUCUAAUCCAUAAGGUAGUGGAACAAUGUUAGGAGAUGCAGUCCCAUAGUAGACAUUGACCAACAAAAGGUUCAUAUACCUAUUUUUUCUUCAGGAUUAUAGAGCCCAUGUGCACUACUGGUUUUGAAUCAGAGUUUUCCAACUGUUCUAGAAGGAUCCUACAUAACCACCAACCGGGUUAAAGCGCCAGACAUUCCUUUUCCAUCCUCUUAAUUUCGUAAACAACAGUGAUUCCGCGAAAAAGCAGUGAGUAGGACUUCCCUGACAGUAGUUGUAUGCGUUUGUCCGUGUGAGAGUAUUUUGAGAGGAAGAGCUGACUCAGUCUCAUGGUAGCUGGUGACCAAUAAUUGGUUCAUACAUCAUUUGUUCUCUCAGAGUCUUGGAGCCCAUGUCCUCCAUUGGUUUGAAAUCAAUGAUUUCCAACUCCCCUAGAUGGAUCCCCCAUAUCCACCAAUCUGGUUAAAUCACCGGACAUUCACUUUUUGUUCUUUCAAUUUCGUAAACAACACCUCCGGCACAAGAAGGUAAUGAAUAUACAUAUGUCCAUGUGAGAGCAUUUCUAGAAGGAGAGCUCACUCUCUCCACAGUCGGCCGUACCAAGGCAUAAUAAUAAUAAUAAUAUACUACUUACAAACUACUAUUAUUUUUGUAAAUAAAAAUAAAACUAUAAUCCACAUUAUUUGUCAUUUCCGUUCCCAAC